CAUAGACUGAACAUACGAUAGUAAAUUAAACAGAUUGCCGUCACAUUCCACGGUGGAGUUUGGUAUCUAUUUAACAGAUAGUUACUGCUGACGAUAUUGAACAUAUUCGUCUCAAUACAAGUCCAAUUUAGAAGGACGUUUUUCCGCGACCUCGUUCCGUUUGAAAUUGUGGUGAUAGUACGUUAGCUGCCACCACACUGAGUGGAUUUACCAGAACAGCCCUAAGUUAGCAAACGAGUGCUAUGGGGGGUGCGGAGAAAGCGAAAGAAAAAUUCGUGCAAGGAGCCGAGAAAGUGAAGCACACCGCGGCCAAAGUAACUCACACGGUAGUCAACAAAGCCACACCCGGGCCCAGCAAGGACAAAGAUAAGGUCAAGCAAUCCCACGGCAGGCACGGCACACCCGGCAGCGUUGGUGCAGGCCUGUACGAUGUCCAAAACACACACGCGACCAAGUCUGGGGCGGGUGUGGUCCACGCCGAAUUAGGCCGAGACACGGAUGUGAUCCACACGGAUCUGCGAUCCAAGCCCAACAGUGGGGUGGUGAAGGGCGCCAUGGCUGCUGACGACCCGAAACAGGACUCCAUUUUCGCGGGGUUGACACGCGCGGAGAAGGCCAUAGCGGCGCUGUCUCCCCGAGGUUCGGGAUCGGGCGCCGACCCACACGCUUUCAAACAAGAAAAGGGACACGGGCAUGGACAUGCGGCUAGCUCGCCCAGAGGGUCUGGGGUGAAGAGCGUGGAGCAGGUGGUCGGGUGGUGCUCGUGGUGCUACAAACGCGUGCCGCAGGACAUGGUGUCCCGCAAUUACCUGUCGAGAAACGUGUACAAAUGCACCAUCUGCCACAACCGCACUCUGGCGUGCAGAGUCAGUACAGUCACAGGCUGCAAAGGCUUCUCUCGAGGACACGAUAGCUGGGAUGAUGAGUUGUGUUCUGUGUGCGAAAAGCGUAUACCGGGCUGGGGCCACCCUGAACCAACCCCGCCACACGGCUACUGCUCGUGGUGUUAUAGGGACACGAUACAUACGCACAUACAGUCCAAUCUUAUCAGGAGAGACAAGUCAGAGUGCUCGCAUUGUGGCAACCGUACUGUGCCCUGUAUGGUGCUGGGGGGCUGUGCGAACUUUGCACGCGCCAACACCCAGGUUCCGGAUACCCACUGCGCGUACCACCAGGACAAGAUAGCCGACUGGGAAGAUCUUGAGAGAAAUAUAUCACACGCUAAAGCAAGGGGCGAAGUGUACCUUACCAAACACAAUCGUUACGAAUCAUACGCCCAGCCACGCACAGGUUGUUCUGCGGAGGCUCUGGUGGACGGCAAAGACUUCCUGUGGUCCGUUUCCGAAGCCAUUGAGAACGCGCAGAGCACCAUCCUCAUGUCAUUCUGGCAAAUGCACCCCUACGUGCACAUGCGACGAGACGCGGCAGACUCCACUCUGGAUAAACACGACUAUUACAGGUUCGAUACCAUGUUGAAACGAAAAGCCGACCAAGGGGUGAAGAUAUACGUGCUACUAUGGGACGAACCCCAUACAUGGGCUGUCAACAACUUCUCUUCAGAGUCAGCAGACGUCCUGCGCUCACUGCACAAGACGAAUAUCAAGGUCAUGAGACAUCCCCAGCACUUUGAUCCGCAGAACAUUCUCUGGACACACCAUCAGAAAUACCUGGUCAUGGACCAUCAGGUCGCAUUCGUGGGUGGCUUCGAUGUGUGUUCGGGAAGGUACGACACCGUGUCGCAUCGCGUGACUGAUGGAAAGCGCGAGCGAUGGCCCGGACAGGACUAUUUCAACCCUCAUCAAGCAGGCAUAGAGAGCAUCUACAAUCCAUACCGUGACGUUCUUGAUCGUAAAUCCACCUCGCGAAUGCCGUGGCACGAUGUGUCAGUCAAAGUGAAGGGGCCAGUGGUAGAUGAUUUAGUGCGCAAUUUCGUACAACGCUGGAACCACCAUUUAAUUGACACAGAGACGUCCUUUUCCGUGCCGAUGGCAGAGGGCGUCACGUCGUCGCAGCCACUCAUCAGUCUGCCCAAUUGGCUCGGCGGAUCGUCAGCGUCGGAUAAACCACCAAUUCUGGCGAUGAAAGGGGGACAGUAUGAUGUCAAGCGUCAGAUGGACGAUGUCACUGCCGUCGCCGAAUCAGGCAUGCCCCGCAGACAGACCACCCACGCCAUCUUGGUGGAUAUACACAACGUCGAGGAAGUAUAUACCAGCGAACCCAGCGAUAGUAGCCAAUCAAAGAGGCACAAGACGGCGGAGACCCCUACCGAUGUCCUGGAGAACUGGAAGCUUGAGCAGGAGUCGGAGGAUGAUGCACCUAAUAUGGAAGAAAAGGCAGGCACAUGCACCAUCCAAGCCAUCCGGUCGAUUUGCCAUUGGUCGGGCGGCAUAGCAACGGAGUCGUCUAUCUAUGGUGCAUACAUGAAGACCAUCCAGCAGGCCCAGCACUUUAUCUAUAUCGAAAAUCAGUACUUUGUUUCAGGCUGCGCGGGUGGUGGGGUGGAGAACGAGAUAUGGAAGGCUCUUAUGGAUAAAGUGUUCGAGAAGAUAGAUAAGAAGGAGAAGUUUCGUCUGUACAUUACAGUCCCCACACCUGAAGACCGCGGAGUUCAAGCCAAGGGUAUCCUGAAGUUCCAGUCCAUGACGCUGAGUCAAGGUGGCCAGUCGAUGGUGGAGCAGUUGCUGUCCAGAAACCCAGAGAUAGAGAAUGUGGACGAUUACAUCACCGUCACCUUCUUAAGGCAAAAAGGUGUGCUUCCCAACGGUGAACACUGCACGGAGAAGGUGUUUGUGCACUCUAAGAUUAUGGUGGUGGACGAUAAAGUGGCCCUCAUUUCGUCGGCAAACAUAAACGAUCGGAGUUUACUGGGACACAGAGACUCAGAAUUGGGUGUCCUGAUCCAUGACAGUGACCUGGUACCGGGACGUAUGAACGGAGUAGAUACAAAGGUAGGUAGGUUUGCUCAGGAAUUGCGCAUGCAACUCAUGGCCGAGCACUUGGGUUGGCUGGUGGAGUCCGAUGAUGGACACAUGUUCACCAGAGAUCGCCGCGUAGAUGAGGAAUUGCCUAAUAAGGGAAAUACAAAGGAAACCACGGUGAAUGAGAAAACGGGGACGCACGCGGACACUCCGGACAGUGAUCGGAGUCGCCGGAAUAGGUGUAAAAUAAGAAUCAACUCGAUUGUACACGGACGUGAAUAUAAGAAUAUGAAGGUUUCUGAAGAGCCGGAGAAGGCCAACUGCAUAUGCGGGCAAGCCGAUUGUAGUGAGGAUUGUCAGCUACUGCUACAGGGCACUGAAGAUCUUUCAAAUACACGCACUACUACACAAGACACCACGGAAACACACACAUCACACACACACAACGGCACACAUCCACACGUGCACGCCCACACACUCACGACGAUGGAUACAGAUAGCAUGAACCAAUCUGGGAAGCGUAGUACCGGUGAUGGCAAGAGUGUAAGAGAAAAUGAUAAGCACAGAAAGUGCGUGGUGAGUGGUAUCACCAUAGGUGACGAGGCCGAAGUUCGGGAGCGAUUGCUGGACCCCGUGUGCGACGCAUUCCACAAAGACGUCUGGUUAAAACUGGCCAAUCAGAACACGCGGAUUGUGGAGCAGGUGUUCGACUCUAUUGUGUGCAACAAGCACGCCACGUGGGAUGAAUUCAGCGAGUAUUGGGACAAGCCUCCGCAUAGAGAUAAAACCCAUCUGCUGGAAAAUUACCAGGGGUUGCUGACUAUGUAUCCGCUUCACUUUCUUGGAGGGGACACGCUUACAACGAAUGAGGCUAUGGUGCUGGGGGAUGUUCUUUUCCAGUGAUAAUUUUUUAGUGCAUCAUCUACUGAAGUGUGUCUCUAUUUUCGAAAUAAAAUACAAUUCAACUUAUUUGCUAUACAAUGAACAUUGAUUUCCU